AUGACAAAGAAGUCAAAGAAGGUCAUUGUGCACAAGACAAGUCAUGUUGCCAAAAAGCACAACACAGGCACAGUCUCAAGUACAGCCGACGAGCCCAUUGGCAUCGGCGGGAAGGCGCAUGGCAAAGUUCGUAGCCAUGCAAACUCCUUGACCUCUCAUGAGAAGUCGUCCAAUGCCGAACUUGCGGAAGAGAACAAAGGAUUUUCUGAUUUACAUUCUGAUCAGAAUUCCCAAAUUCCUACUUGCGAUUUCUGUACUAGAGAAUCGGGCAUUUGUGGGGACUUUUCAGGAGGUGGCCAUGACUACGACACCGAGUCCGAUAACACCGGUGGACACGGAUAUACUACCGAUAUGAAUAAGCCUGGGGACAGGAUACAAUUGCAGCUCUGGUCGUACGAGACUUCUCAAAUAACCGUCGCUGAAAAAUUAGAACAGAGAAAGUGGUGUGGUCCAUGUCAGAAACUUUGA